AUGAAUUUUUGCACCACUUGUAAUAAUUAUUUACCCGCAGAAGUUUUUAUUUACAAAAACAAAACUUACAAGACUUGUGCGAAUUGCUUGGAUGCAAGGUCUAGAAAAAGAGCUGCGAAAAAACAAUCGACAACUGAUGAUAAUCAGCCUGAAAAAAAGGAGGAAAUAGUCUAUGAGGAAGUUGCUUUUGCUAAAAUUGUUGAUUAUAUUACUAGUAAAACCGCUAACCUUAACGAGAAUGACGUGUUAUCCUUCAAUCUUCGUGUCAAACUUGAUACUGCACAACAUGAUGCGAAGAAUAUGGUAAAGCUAAUAGUGGAUGAGAUUGAGGGAUUUGACGGAUAUGAUUGGGUGUUCACGACUGGUCCUGAAAUGUCAUUACGUCACCAUGAUGUCGGCUUGUUUAUUUGGCAUGUUCACAAUGCCGUGAACUUGAGCGUGAAUAUAAGAUGUCAAACCGAAAGAGAAUGGAUCAUUUUGACUGUCAUGAAUCUUCACAUGGAUCCUAUACAAUUACGGACACAUUUACGUCAAAUGUUUGAUAUUUCACUUAUCACCGAGAAACAAAUUUAUUAUUGGUGGUCAACAUAUUGUCAGCGCUUUUAUAAAUUAGAUGAAGACCAUAUAAUUUCUGCACGUCGCUUUUUUGAUGGAUCUCAUACCGAAUCCAGUGAGCUUUGCUUCGAUUGGAAUACUGACUUGGUUACAGCAAUCGGAUUUACAACUCCUCUAUUAGCCAAACUAUUACCAUUGUCGAGCGUGCAUUGUGAUGCGACUUAUAAGACAGCCAGAGGAUGCUUCGAACUCUAUGGAAUUAUCAGUAAUGUUGAGGGUGCAGGAUUUCCAAUAGCAUAUCUCGCUUUGAAUACUACGAAAGCGCAAGAUAUUGAAGAACAAACAGGGGAAAAGCUCAAGAGUCGUAAGCGAAUCUACCGCAAUCAAUAUCAGCCAAAUGAUGCUGUAGUAGAGUUUGAUUUCAUUGAUCCUGCAUUUAAGCCUGAUUUGGAACGUUCUGAGCCCGAAUACUACAUGGACAAUUCCUAA